GAGCCUGCCGAAGAGUUGGGAGAGUUGCCUCAGGUUCCAUUGCCUUUGCUCAGCAGUAGUGCGGCAGAACGUGAACGCCCUCCUGAUGCGUUGCUGGCGCCGUUGCAGCUGCGGGCAUCUGACGUCGGAAAGCCCACCUACAGCGGUGGUGGCCCAAGCCAAGAAGCCGAGGUAGAGCCCAACUCACCGGGCCCAGGGAGCCGUGCCUCAGGCGGCAUCGAGCCCCAGCCGGCGAGUCUGCCACAGAUCACCCAAGGUGGCCCUGUCACGGAACAGAAGCCUGCAAGCGCACCUGCAGAAGAAAGUAUUGUCCAGCCCUGUGCAGACCCGGUGGAAGAGAAGCCUGCGCAAAGCCCGCAGGGCGAUCUCCUCCACGGGAACCCUGAUAACUUGCCGACCCACCUGGAAGGUCCAGCCGAGGUUGCUGCCA